GAGACUUUUAAGCACGACGGCUUUGCGCGGAGUGUCAUGUUCAUGUUAAUGAGUCAUUAAGCUCGGGUCGGAGGGCUGUCAUCGCCCUUUUCUCAGAAAUAAAAAUACUAAACUAGCCAAUUCUGAGAAUUAGUUUCUUUUUACACCUGGGUCGAUGGCAUGAGGCAACAAAAAAAUCAAAACAAAAGGACGACCUCGUCCUUGGAUCGUGUGACAAUUACGACGAUUCUCUUCAUGAAUAAAUCCUUUACAGAAAACAAAAAUGAUGGAAUUUCAACAUGAAUGGAUGCUCAACGCAUUAAUGGGUUAAAUUCAGAAGAGACAGAGUCGAGCUACUCAUCGGACGAUGACUCGUUUGAAGAAUUGCUGAAGUAUUACGACAAGCACAGUACAACUCCCCCUCGUACACGGAUACUGAGACGAGUCAUAAGCAAAGAAAAACAAAAUCUAACACAUAAAUACAGGCACCACAAAACAGAUUUUUAUCAUGGUCAUGAAAAGUUAAUGCAUAAAGUUACCCACGGAGGCCGCAAAUACAUCCAUGCACAAGUAAACUCUAUUGGGCCAUGGGAAAUUAAUUUACAAGAUGGGAGAGGUGAUCCAAAGAGAAGAACGAAUAAAAGAGAAAUGCAGCGACUCAGAGGCUCAGAACGAGAUUUAAAGUUGGACAUCGAAGGAGAAAUUUCAAAAGCCAAAUAUCCAAAUAAUGAACAUUUUUCAAUGAUGAAAGUCGAAUCCUCGAACAGAUUCCUCAGUUUGAGUUGCAAACUUGUAAAAACGGCCAUCCAGUGGCGCGCCACCCUUCCUGAGGCAGGAAGAAAUAGAAAUGAUUUCCAUGAAAACUUUUCAAAUUUGGUCAAAUCUGGAAACAGCGACAGGGAGAAAAGUUGCAAAAGAACUAUAAGCCGAGAAGAACAUUUGUGGCAGACUGAGCUGAAAGACAUGAUCUGGCUUGAACUUCAGGCUUGGCGGGCUGACAAAACUCCGACACAGCAGGAUAAAUAUUUAUGCGAAGCGCGACAGUCAAUACCUAAGCUUUUAGUAGACAUUAUAGAUUACAAAUUUACGAAAAAAACUUCGCCCUCUUGUGCCACAGUUAGUGUUGACAGCGGAAUCCAGACAGAUUCAGAGAAUCCUUGUGAAGGGUGUUUUUGGCUCUUUUGCCCAACUUGCAUCCAACUUGAAAACUGUGCUUUGAGAGAAGUUGAAGUUCUUCUUGACAGGCUUGAACAUGCAGAGGCUCUUUAUCCAUCCAGUAUGGCUUUCGGAAAUCAAUACCCUAUGUACAAAAGUGGGGAAUUCAUUGGUAGAGUCAAGGCUAUGUGCUUAUGGUACAACAUAAUGAGGCACCACAGGCUUAAACUGAUAAUUUUAGGAAAACAGCUUCUUUCUUAUGCUAAAGGUUACAGUACAGAAGAAAGCGUUAUGAACAGCGAAUCGCCUGAUGUGGAAUUCUGCUCAAAAUGGGAUUUUUUCAAUCAGACUCAACCGCUUCAGUCUCUCAGCAAAUAUUUCCACCAUAUUAACAGCAGUGACACACGAACAUACAGGAGAUUCAUCGUGGAUGUCUUGAAACUGAAAGGUCUCAGGAAAGCUUUACAAUUCCUAGAACAUUUGUACUCAAAGGUCCUUAGAAAAGGGAGAAUAGCGAUGGAGAAACCACCCUCUGAAGAAAAGGAAAAAGAUUUUCCAAACGACUAUGGUGAUGAGUAUGAACUCAGACGCUAUGGAUAUUGGAGCAAAGAGUUCCAAUCUUUAAACCUACCAUCAUUUAGGCCUGCGUUUCUUUUUAUAUCUCGUAUACCGCUUGACGUUAUUCAUGAAUUUUUAAGAUUGAGGUUAGAAACCAAUUUAGAAAAGCCUUCAUCGUUGAGUAUAAGACAAUUGAUAAAAGAAUUGAAAGAAGGAUUGAAAUUGGCAGUUUUAAACAAACAAAGGUAUUUACAACACUGCAACGUUGCACUGCAAGAAGAAGACAUCGAAGUUCAAAACAAAUUUAAAGAUUACAUAUCUUCGUUUGAUGAAAGUGUUCUGUCAGUAUUGAAACUGUAUCUUAAAUACAUGGAGCAGUGGGUUGAACUGACACAACAUGAAAGGAGCCAGAAAAAUAUAUUAGAAGAAGAAUGGAAAUUCAUUGUCUGCACUGUACCUCAUGUUCCUGGUGGACAAUCGAUAGCUGGCAAUGUUUUUUGCAACAUAGCCAGUACAUUGUUAAAAAGUAUAGCUUCUUGCAUGCAAGAGUCAAUAACAAAAUUAAAUAUGCAUUUUAAUGAAGACGACAAUGAAAAAUGUGUUAACACACAAUCAAGGCAAUCAGUGCUUCAUGUAAGCAGAAAAAUUCAAUCUCUAUGUGUUGAUACGCGAGAGAGGAUUUUCAGGGUGCUUUGCCUUGCGAAAACACUUGCAAAACAUUUGGAGUUUGAAAAUUCCAACAAUUGUGAUCAAAUAGAACAAACUUUGCAGAGUCUGAAAGUAAGUGUGCUUGAUGUGUGUAUAAUAUUAAAGGAAACAGUAUUACUCGUCCAAGAAAAAAUGUUGAAAUCUUAUCUGGCAGAUGCUGAGAAUUCUGUCUUGCUAUCACGUUGCCGUGAAGUGUUGCAUACACUGUACAAAUUCACUUUUGAGUAUUGCAAGGAAGCAGGAAAGUUUUCAACGGAUAAGAGUUUGCAUGUUAAAGAUCUGAUAUUAUUUGCUCAGGAGUGGAUCAAAUUCAUAAUGCAAUAUUACGAAAGGGGCAGAGGAGUUAGGCCAAGGUGGGCCAACUACGGCUUGGAAUUUUUAGUCUGUAUCGCAGAUCCAAAGUACACCAAUUAUUUAAGCGACAAAGAUUUUGAGUCAUUCAGAAAGAAUAUUGAGUGUUGUUUGUCACAUAUCAUGGGUACGGCAAAUAACUGUGUUUCGCCAACAUCCUAUAUCUCACGACCGACCUCUCCACCUCCAUCAAUUCAUUGUAAACAGACUCAUUUAAACGUUGGAGAUAGUCCAGUGGUGCCAGAUGGUGAAGUCAAUCGCACUCACCGUGCUUCUGAUUCACCACCGUUAUUCAGUCGAAAUUUAUGUAAGGCUGAAAGAAUAAAUGCAGCAAUUAAAAAGCUCGAUGACAAACUUGACGAAAAGCUGAGAAAGGCUGCACUUAUUGGGAAUGUCAUAGUAACCGCCAUUACAAUACAUGAUAAGUACCAAAUACGGCCAAGAGUUGUCAACUUCCCUUGGCAGAGGGGUACUAAAAUUGGUCAAGGAAGGUUUGGAAAAGUCUACACAGCUGUAAAUUGCGAUACAGGAGAAUUGAUGGCCAUGAAAGAAAUUUCACUUCAGCCUAAUGAUAUUAGGACAAUAAAAAAGGUCGCCCUUGAAUUCAGCAUCUUCGAGGGUAUAAAUCAUGAACACCUCGUCCGUUAUUAUGGAGCUGAAGUCCACAGAGAAGAACUUUUAAUUUUUAUGCAACUUUGUACUGAAGGGACAUUAGAGUCCUUAAUCGCUGCAACUGAAAAUGGAUUACCUGAAGGUUUAAUCCGUCGUUAUACAGGCCAGCUUGUCAGUGCCAUAUCGACUUUACAUAAACAUACUAUUGUCCACCGUGAUAUAAAACCUGCAAAUGUAUUUCUCACUGCCGAAGGCAACUGCUUAAAACUUGGAGAUUUUGGCUCAGCAGUUAAAAUAAAAGCUCACACUACGGCACCUGGUGAAUUAAGAGGAUUUGUCGGAACACAAGCAUACAUGGCACCAGAAGUUUUUAUGAAAUCAAAUACAAGUGGUCAUGGCAGGGCUGUCGAUAUUUGGUCUCUUGGAUGUGUCAUAAUUGAAAUGGCAUGCGGAAAGAGGCCUUGGUCCGAAUUUGAUUCGACAUAUCAAAUAAUGUUCAAAGUUGGAAUGGGUGAGACACCCGAAAUACCGGCCUCCUUGAGCGAUGAAGGCCAUAACUUUGUUUCAAUGUGCAUUCAGCAAAAUCCAAAACUUAGAGCAACUACUGUUCAACUGCAGCAACAUACAUUUUUAAAGGUCGAUUGUGAUGAAGAAUGCUGCAUACCUUUCAGUGCACCGUCACUACUGGAAAACUAUCUCAAACUUGGAAUUAAAAGAUAAAUGUGAAUAAAAUUAGCUUUUUGUAUAUGAUAUAAAUUAUUAUUAACCGAAUCAUGUGAAUAAUGUGACUCUAUCAAUUGUUUUGUUAGUCAUACUGUGGUAUUUUAAAAUUGAUUUUAUAUUCAUUUGAUGGAUUUUGUGUUUAAAUACAAAUAAUCGUAUUAUUAAA